CGUGUUAAUUAUUUUUCUUGUCAAAUAAGCAGUUAUUCAUUCCAAUUUAGUUUGUCUUAUCAUCAACCGAUCGAUCGAUUUUUUUCGUUUUAUACCGACUGUAGUGUUUAGUGUUUAUAAAUUAUAAUUUUCUCCAGAUUCCUUUAUCAUAGUGGUCGAUAUAUCUGCAGCAUGAGCACUCCAAAAGCCGACAUCGCCCUUAUCGGCUUGGCCGUUAUGGGACAAAACCUGAUCCUCAACAUGGACUCCAAGGGUUUUGUGGUAUGCGCCUAUAAUCGUACCGUGGAUAAGGUGAAACAUUUCCUGGAAAAUGAAGCCAAGGGAACCAAAAUCAUCGGAGCAACUUCGUUGCAGGAUAUGGUUGAUAAGCUGAAGAAGCCACGCAAGAUCAUGAUGCUUGUAAAAGCCGGCAGUGCGGUGGACGACUUUAUCCAUCAAUUGCUUCCGUUGAUCGAGAAGGGUGACGUCAUUAUCGAUGGUGGCAACUCUGAACAUCAGGACUCAACCCGCCGAUAUGAGGAACUGAAAGCGAAGGGCAUCUUGUAUGUCGGUUCCGGUGUUAGCGGUGGAGAGGAAGGUGCCCGUUAUGGACCCUCUCUAAUGCCUGGUGGUCAUCCGGACGCGUGGCCGUUGAUCAAGGACAUUUUUCAGUCUAUUUGCGCCAAAACAGAAGGGGAUCCUUGCUGCGAAUGGGUUGGUGAAGGUGGUGCUGGACACUUCGUCAAAAUGGUCCACAACGGUAUCGAGUACGGAGACAUGCAGCUGAUUUGCGAAGCAUACAAUAUAAUGCUGGAGCUAGGGAUGAAUCAGAAAGAAAUGGCUCAGGAGUUUGACGAGUGGAAUAAGGGAGUUUUGGAUUCAUUCCUGAUUGAGAUCACCCGUGAUAUUCUUAACUACAAGGAUGAGAAAGGUUAUCUACUCGAACGUAUUCGAGAUACGGCUGGACAAAAAGGAACCGGCAAGUGGACAGCGAUUGCCGCUUUGCACCACGGUGUUCCAGUAACACUAAUCGGGGAGGCAGUAUUUUCUCGUUGCUUGUCGGCAUUGAAAGAGGAGCGAGUCAAGGCUAGCCAGCAGUUGGUGGGACCGAAUGUAAUACCAUCCGUUGCCGAUAGAAAAGAAUUCAUGGUUCACGUUCGUAAUGCUCUAUAUUGUGCUAAGAUUGUUUCCUACGCUCAAGGCUUUAUGUUGUUGCGAGAAGCGGCCAACGAGUACAAGUGGAAUCUCAAUUAUGGAGGAAUUGCACUUAUGUGGCGUGGAGGCUGUAUCAUCCGUAGCGUCUUCCUCGGUAAUAUUCGUGAUGCUUUCGUACGUAACCCUAAGCUAUCCAAUUUGUUGCUGGAUAACUUCUUCAAGCAUGCCAUUGCAAGGAACCAACAAUCGUGGCGUGAAGUUGUUAGUCAGGCUGUUUUGUGGGGAGUUCCGGUACCCGCUAUGUCCGCUGCUCUUGCAUUCUUCGAUGGAUACCGUGCGGAACGAUUGCCAGCCAAUCUGUUGCAGGCGCAGCGUGACUACUUUGGUGCCCACACAUACGAACUACUUGGCAAAGAAGGCAAGUUUGUGCAUACCAAUUGGACCGGAAAGGGUGGCAACGUGUCGGCGAGUACCUAUUUGGUUUAGUUAUCAAUGGGGAAGUAAUCAUCGGUAAUUAUCACACCACAUUUCCGGUUGUGUCGAUUCGGAUGUUUUCUGCAAGCAAGACGAACUUUUCGCACGCAUCGUUAUUUAUUGUUGCUCAUUUUCUAGGUUUCAAAAUUAAGUAAUUUGUAAUUAAAACGGUUG